AUGAUAUUGCAGUGCUCUGGGGCAUCCCGCAAAUGGCGCCUGGGCCGAGCCGGGGUCCUGGAGCGAGCGCCAUCCUUCCGUAAACACCCGCAAGAUGGCGGCGUCCUACUCCGCGGCUCCCGGAGGGAUGCCAACACCGAUCUGGGCACCAUGUGGCAGGAGGCCCUCAUCAAAUAUUACGAGGAAUGCGGCACAGAUCUCCGCACAAUCCACCCCUCGCGAUUCACCGCCACGCACAUCCUCGCCGAGCAGGACCACCAGCUGCUCCUCUUCAACCAGUUCCGCCACGACAAGGGCAAGCUCGACAAGCUGAGGAGCCUCAUCGCCAGCAACUCGGAGAUUGUCCAGGGAGUUGCGAGCCACAUUGCCGAGGCCGCCAGCGCCGCGUUCCCCCAGCGCCGCCAUCCUCACGGCCUUCAACUACUGCCGCCAAAGGGCCGUCUGAGCAAGUGGGCCAAGGCCCUCAUCGACGGGAGCGACCCCAAGCUCAAGGGCGCCUUCGACUCCCUGCACAUGCACCUGGAGCGCUUCGAGUCCGCCACCAUGCUCGCGACGCUAAAGCACACCAUGGAGACCUCGAAAAAGGUCGACGGCCUCGGCCAGGACGUCAAGAGCAUCCAGGCCGGCGUCGAGCAGAACUUGGCCGUCUCGCAGAAGAACUACAUGCUGGGCCUGGAGACCAAGGGCCUCUCCAAGGACGCGGCCUUGACGAGCCACGAGAUCUUGACCGUCGUCACCCGCCAGGAAGACCGCGGCGCCGAACACGCCGCUGGCCUGCAGCAGGUGCUGAGCACUUUGAAAAAGAUCUCGGGGACGAAGAACGCCCAGGAAGCCGUCCUCGAUGCCGGCUCCCGCAAAUCUGCCGCCAUGCGUACCCUCGCCAAGCUCCUUUCCUGCUCGCUCGACGACGAUCCCGCCAAGGCCCAGCUCUUGGAGCUCGAGAACACGUACAUUAAGGGCACCUACGGUUGGUUCCGGGAGCACGAGGUCUUUUCCGGCUUCGAAUCCGGAACGUCGCCCGUCGUGGCCAUCUCUUCGCCCUCGGGCAUGGGCAAGUCUACCCUGUCCUACACCAUAAUCAAGGCGCUGCAGGAGGAGUUUGUCGGCGACUCAACCACGAGCGUGGCGUACCACUUUUUCCGCGAGGAUGUGGACGACAUGGCUACGGCUACGCGUAUGUUGCGGGCUUGUGCAGUUCAAGUCGCGAGUGAUGACGUCAAGUAUCGAGAGGAGGUCUUGUCCGACCUUCAGCUUAGCACGUACUAUACGGAAUCGGAAGCUACGGAGGAGCUGGUUAAAGAUCACGAGCAGCUGUGGCUCCGAUUCUACAAGAAGAGGUUUACCAAGAAGUCGGGCCGUCGGCUCAUCUUGGUUCUCGACGGCGUCGACGAAGCCGAUCGUGCUUCACGAGAGAUCAUGGAGACGAUUCUGGGAGAUCUCUGCUCUUCCAAGGACCUGAAUAUCCAUAUUCUGUAUACAUGCGACCCCACCGGGUUCCAGGUGGAUACCGAGGUGGUGACUGUGACCGAGUUUGCGUUGACCAAGGAACACCUGCUUCCCGAUAUGAAGAAAAUCAUCAUCAACAAGAUCAAGACUCUCAGUCGGUUGCGCAAAUUGUCCCAGAAGACGAAGAAGAAGAUUGUCGUGCGCCUGACAAAACAGGCUGAUACUAUCCGAUACAUUGACCACAUGCUGCGAAAGCUCAAUCAGAUCGGAAGAGAGAAGCCUGUCCUGCGCGAGCUCGAUUCUCUGCCGUCUAGCACCACCGACUUAUACAGGGUGCUCUUGGCGGACUGUCAAAAGUCUCGGUCGGACCAGGACAUUGCCGUCUUGCGCAAGUUCUUCGCCUGGCUGGCGUACUCCAAGAUGCCUCUGAGCCUGGGCGCUGCCGGACAUCUGCUCCAUUACAUUGCUCAGGAUAACAAUAUCAGCAUUGACGAGGAGCUCGAUCACCGAUGUGCGAGACUUCUCCGCCUCUCCAACUCGAACCAGAUGGAAGGCAGCGGAGGCGAAGACAGCGAUAGCGAGAGCGACAAGCUGGACGACGAAAAGAUCAGCGACAACGACGACGAUUCCGUGGAAGACCUCAAGGUGAUGCUGAGCUUCCAGGAGCGGUCCCUCCGAAACUACUUUAGACCGGGCACGAGUUCGAGCGACGACAAGCUGCGGAGCGCGCACUCGUCGGGCCACGCCAUGAUCCUGGAAAUGCUCCACUCCAUCCUCGCGGCGGACGUCAAGGCCACCGACCAAGCCCCGGCACAGUGGGACCUCACCUACUACGCAGCCCAGCACUGGGUAUCGCACUUGCAGGAGAUCGAUUCCGAGCAGCUGACGCAGGAAGAGGUGGUCAGCACCAUCGAUGCCGUCUGCGGAAUCCUUUCGAACCGCGGCGGCUCCAUCCGUCUCAUCGAGAGGUGCUACCUGGGAUAUGACCUUAAAAGCUGCAUCCUGGGCGAUGACGAAGAGGCGAUCGAAAAGUUCCUGCAGUGCCUGCAAAAGUGGGCCGUCAAGGCCACGCAACUCCCCGCCUCCGCCAUCUCCGGUGGCACGCUCGCGUGGAUGAAGCCCUUUGCGCGCAAUCCAAAGUCCAUCUACAUCAAGAUCGCCGACGCCCACGUCGCCAACUGGCUCACGAGCUACGACCUUGAUCAAGAUUUCCUCGUCCACCGGCGAUUCGUCUUGGCGCACUACGCGCUGUACCUCGGACGCGAACUCCCCGCUAUCCGCCAGAAUGAGCGGUUGCGCCUGUACCUCGAGACCCUGGUGGGACAGGAUGAAUUUAUGUUUACCAAGGAAUCCGUCUUGACCAUAUCGCAGGCGUUCCUGCACAUCGACAUGACUUCCCAGUCCUAUCGCGCCAUUGGCACGUCCAUGCUUUCCUUGGGGCUGAGGGAGGAGGCCCUCGAGCAGUUUAAGCUCGGCACCGAGAACGCGGACUCGCACUUGGAUUCAUUCAACAUUCUGGUCAAGAUGGCUGAUGCUACCCUCACGAUCGCCAAGGAAAUGUUGGACGCCGAGGAGGCGGAGCAAGCGGAGGCACUCGAGAAGAAGAGCGUGAAUGGUGCCACCGUAAGCCCUGCAACUGCAAACGGAACUGCCGAGGGUGCUCAGAACGGCGGAGAUGCUACCACGAACGGGCAUGCCGAAGAGGCGGACGGCGCAAAGGAGGGGGCCCCCAAGAAAACGUACCGAGAAUGGUCCAAGGAGUCGCUGGAGACGUGCGACCGCGCCAUCGAAAUGAUUGACAAGAUCGCACCCGCAGACCUCAAGACCUACCGGGUGCGGGACGCCAUCUACGAGCUAUGGCACGAGAAGAGCCAAGGCGAGCUGUACCUCGGAGACGCCACAAACGUGGUAGAGUACUCCCGUAAGGCCAGAGAGGCGGUUGGCGAGGAAGGGGGCUCGGUGCUGGUCCCCGUGAUCGUCAGGAGGUUGGCUAAAUUAGGCGAGUGGGAAAAGCUCGUGGAGGCGCUGCGCUCGCUCUGCUGCAACAAGUACGACACGUGGUACUACAUCACCGAGGUCGCGGACGAGAUCCACCAGGCGGCCAAGGAGACGGGCGAGCUCGAGUUCGUCGAGGUGGUCGGGACCAAGGACGCCAUCGUCAAGGCCAAGGCCAUCCUCAACAAGGUCGUGGACGUGAACACGUUCGCGCACAACAUCACCCAGGCCUCGUUCCGGCUCGCCAACAUCCUCCUCGAGGAGUUCCGCACCUCGCGCGAGCCGGCGAACAAGCUCGCGGCGUACCGCGAGAUGCAGGGCCUCGUCAAGCGCGUCAGCGGCGUCAUGGGCAGCGACUUCGAUCCCACCCAGUCGCAGACGGUGAUUCCGCUCGCGCUGAUGAUGCGCAAGCUGGACGCGUACGAGUACCAGCAGAGCCUCGAGCGCAUGUUUUCGGGCUGCGUCGCGGCGCUGACGGACGACGUGGCCUGGAACGACAAGUACAGCUUGCGAACCCUCGCCAAGACGCUCGCGGUCGUCGGCCUAGCGGACGACGCGCGCAUCGCGGCCACGUGCCAGAUCUACAUCACCGACAAGGAGGUGCACAAGAAGCAGCGUACCGACUCGGUAGAUAGCGGGCAGGCGGGCGACGCCGCGGCGGAGACGAGCGCGGGAGAGGGAGCUGACGCUUCUGCGGAGACGAGCGCGACGGGAGACUCUACCGCGUCGAAGGAACCGGCUCAGCAAGAGAACGGUGGCGGUGCCGACGCCGAGGUGAAUGGAGAGCGCAAGGAGGACGACGAUGGGGCGAGUGAAGAGCCGUCCGAUGACAUUGACCCGAUCCACGGCGCGCUCUCGUGCGACGGGUGCAACAAGGAGUUCAACGACUGGAACUCGGGCCCUCUCCACCUUUGCUACUACUGCACGGAGCUGGACCUGUGUCAGAAGUGCUUCGACCAACGGUCGGAUCGGUUCUCGGGCAAGCUUCCGCCGGAUUGGCGCACCAUCUGCCCCGAGGGCCACCAGCACAUCCAGACGCCGGUGGACGACUGGAAGGGCCUGAGGAACGGGGUGCUGAGGUUCGGUGACCAGGAGUUGGUUUUCAGCGAGUGGCUGAUUGAGCUCAAGGAGAAGAAGUGGCCCGAGGCCUGGGAGCGGUUCUGGAAUAGCGAGUCUGUGUGA